GUGUGUGUGUGUGUGUGUGUGUGAGUGAGAGAACUUCACGUGGGGCGUGACGACCGAAGACCUUCCCUCCUCUUCACGUGAUGAAGCCGAUAAGAGUCGGUGGGAUUCGCCCACACAGGGAUCGUUCGUCUUCAGUCUGUCUCUGCAGAUUGAGGAGGAGGAUGAUGAUGAUGAUGAUGGUGAAGACGACGCCUGGACGAGUUCUCUUCAUCUUGUCGGUGACUCUGUUCGCCGCAGCUGCUCAGAAACACAAAGUCUCUCCGAGACCAGAGUGGGAGUUCAGGAAUGAGGCAGAGAGAGUGAACAGCAGAGGAUGUUCCAACCUCACGUUGGUUUUAGACAACUGGAAAUACGCCAUCAUGACGCAGGUGAAGGAUCUGCUGCUCCACGACCACAGCACCGUGCUGCCCGACUACGGAAGGAUCCAGCACCUGUCCGACGCCCUCGGUGACCUCUACCGGGAGUUCAACGCCCUGAAGGAGCGUCUCGCCGAGCUCACGGCCAAGUUCGACGGGGUGGAGGCCUUCGUGGACCAGGUGCGGUCGGGGAGGAAACCUGCUGCGCCCCGAGGGGAAACCAGGGAAGAGGGAGAGGCGGCAGCGGCUGGAGGCCGACCUCAGGGGAGGAGGAGGAGCAGGGUGGUGGUCCGGAGGGUCGUGACACCUGCAGCGUCACAGGACUGAAGUGAUGAAGAGCAUCACUCUCCUGUUUGGUUUGUUAUAUAUAGAGACUUUAUUAGUAUAUAAUGUAACACGCGAGUGAGCAGCGGGUCCUCGGUUCGAUUCCCGUCGCUGCUCGACCCUCUCGCCUAAUUUCCUGAAAAAAACUAGCUUCAAAUUAUAAACAGGAGCAUUUUUAAAUUGAAUUAAAAUACAUUAAAUCUGCAGGACACAAAACUCUUAAGUAGCUGCAUAAAUUCUUGGGUAAAAACAAACAAAUAUUUUCUUUGAUUUAUUUAUUGGAGUCAUAUCUCAUAUUACACGUGCAUUUAGAUGCUAUAGAUGUUUUUUCUUCUCGUGAUAAUUAAUGUUUAUUUGAAGUACUCAACAGUUUAUUUUCUCGGAUGACGGUCUGCCACAAGAUGGCUCCAAAGAGAUGUGUAUGUGCAUCAAUGCAUAUUAAAAAGUGUAAACCUGGGGGAUGAAUAUGAGGAACUAUACAUUUUAACAAUGUGAACUAAUAUUUGGCUUUGAAUGCAGCAGGAUCUCUUUACCAACGGAAUUGAAUAAAUGAACCUGGAUAUGGAAAACGUAAUAUUCUUCUUACUGCUAUUCCUCAUAUUUUGAUAAUCAUAUUUGUAUGAUAACAACUUGUUUGUGACGUCCUGUGGGUUUGAGAUGGUUUUGUCUGCUCGAACAAAAUACUUUAAAAAAAUGAUUGAAAUAUGAUUAUGCUGAUUAUUAUUGUCGAUCAUUUAAACAGACUCUAGACACAAACGUAUUCAUAACAGUUGAGUCAUAAUUGAUGUGUAGAUGUUUCUUCGUGGGUCAAAACACAAAACUUAGAGGCACAGAAAUCCUGAGUCAUGAAAACAAAUGGUUUCCUUUUACCCUCACACACACACACACACUGUCGAAACUGAAACUUACAGUGAGCAAAUAAGGGGAAAUAAUAAAUGAGAAAAAAGAAAAGGUAAAA